GGCCCCUAGAGGCUUCUUGGGACAGCUGCAGCCGAGUGCAAGGGGCAGCUCAGUUUCGCUUUCGAAGAGGUGCCUCCAGACUCUCCAAGUCUGUCCAGAACUUGAGCUGUGCCAAGGUGACUUUCUUCAGUUUGGGAAUUAUAAAGAGCUCUCUCCAUAUUUAUCAUUAAGGCAUGAUCUAGUAGCAUUAACAGCUUGAUUUAUUAAUUAACAAGAAAUUGCAAAAAGACAAACUGCUGCAGAUAACCACAAACAGCUUGCCAUGCUGUGGGAAGUGAACAGCUGUGUCGUCGUAUUUAAAAGAGAGCCUGAGAGGAAGAAAUCCGAGUCCAUCUGGAGCAGGUGAGCAGCCUUGGGGGAGUUGUUGUGUCGGUUUAUUUAGCUUGGUGCUGGAUCCCCCUGUACCUCAGGUACUGAUAUAUUCCAUACUGCUGAGUCUUCCAGCAGCAAAUGAAAAAUAUGUAUUUAUUCCUCCUUUCCAUUUUACCUUUGCUUUUGAAAGUCACUGGCACCAAAGAUGCUAUAUUUGGUCAUAAUAAUUUCACAGAAUAUCAAGUGGGCAACAUGAACCUCAUUCUCUCUGUCCCGCAUGGUGGGUCAAUGGAACCUAAAGACAUCCCUGAUCGAGAUGCUGCCUGUUGGGAUGAGAAGACAUCCUCUUGUAUUUUCUCUCAUAACUGUCCUCCUGGAAGUAUUCAAAAUUCCAAGAAAUGCAAAGUGUCUACCAACCAAGACAGGUAUACUAUAGAGGUGGCUCAGGCUCUUGCUGAAGAAAUCAACAACAUUACAGGUGGCUUUUUCCCACAUAUCAUCAUAAAUCACCUACAGAGGUUCAAGAUGGAUGCUAACAGGGAAAAGGAAGAAGCCUGCUUUGGAAUUCCCCAAGCAGAACAGGCCUGGGAUGACUAUAUGGGAUUUUUGACCACUGCAAAAUCACAGAUGUCAGGGGGUCUAAUUCUGGAUAUCCACGGACAAGCACAUCCUGAAAGGUGGAUAGAAAUAGGUUACACACUUUCAAAAACUUCCCUUAACUCAGGUGUCUUUUCUGCAUCCAACUCCUCAAUUAGCUAUCUAGCCAGUCAGCUGGUUAAUGUGUCUUCUGAGACUUUGGUUGCAGGGAACAGAAGUUUAGGUAAAUACAUUGAAGAACAAAAUAAGAGUUAUGUUUGUGUGCCUUCUCCAUCCAAUCCUAGCCCAAAUAAUGGAAACUAUUACAGUGGUGGGUACAUAACAAAGACUUUUGGCUCCCGUAGUUCUGGCACCAUUGACGCCAUUCAGCUUGAACUGCCCCAGUGGGUGAGGGCAGCUGAAGAACGUCACAGAUUUUGUAAAGCACUGGCAAGGGCUGUAAUGAAAUUCUGGCAAAAUAACUACUGCAGUCAGUACAAGCACAAAUUUCUGCCAUGCUGAAAGAGGCUGUCUUGUUAAGAAACUUUUCCUUAAUAGAGCAGUGAUCUGGAACAAUCGAACAAUUCAUUCACCUGGAACAUGUAAUCCUGCAAUAUAAUUGUGGAGGCUGAUAGAAAGAAAUCAUUGAUUGUUGAUGCAAAUGAAUGUAUCAACAUAGGGAAAAUCCACAGUUAAUAGCAAGAAAUCCAUUAACACACAGCUUUGUACUAGACCCAGCAUUGAAAAAACUGCUGUAAGAUGAGUGGGUGCAAGUAUCACUUGCCUGUGCUUAAUUUCUUUCCAGUCUCAUUCUCUGUUUCGAAGCACAUGAUAAACAACUAAUCUUCUUCUAAUAAAUUCUGUGCAAUG